UAUAAUAAAAAAAAUUUUUAAUUAUAGUGUUGUAUAUUACUAUAUCAUAAUAGUUAUCAACGCGUAUAUACAAUAAAUGUAUCAAUCGAUUUGUAUAAAUUUUUCGAUUAAUUGCAAUUAAUUGAUAAGUGUAUUUAACGGUUUAUCGAUGACGAAGCGUCACAUGAGGAGGUUCCCGGGAUUCCCAUAAAGGCCAUUAUUCCCAAAAGCUAUUGUGCUUGUGUACUGCCUAGCUGCCUAGUGAGAAUCUGUCAUUUUCAUCGCGAACAAUCGCGAAUCAGCCUGAGUUAAAUUGUACAACGACGCAAAUACGAUUGUGCCAAAAAAACAUUUAUUAUUUUAAAAACGAAUAUUAAUUAACACAAUCAAACACAAUCAUGGAAAGUAUGCUUGCUGGUUGCAUGGAACUUAUUGAGUCAAACCGAGACUAUGUUACUGAUAUGGAAAAUUGUGAAUUUACAUAUGAAUGGACAAUUAGAAACUUCAGGGAAUUCUGGUAUGACGCAAUUGAAUCACCAAUUUUUUCAUCUCAUUAUGCUGAUUUUAACGAUAAAUGGAUUUUAAAAUUUUAUCCAUAUGAAAUGGAUGAUGAUGAUCAGGAUCCAAGUUUUUUUUCGGUGGAGCUACAACUUAAAUCGUUCAAUUAUACUUCAUUAAAAACAAAAUGUAAAAUAUCAAUUGAUAAUAAAAAUGAAAUUACUAUGGAACAUAAUUUCUGUAAAUUUGGAGAAAAAAUUACAUGGAAUAAAUAUAUUUCAGAAACAGAUUUGAUUGUAAAAAAAGAGGAUAGAUAUAAUAGGGUUAAACAUACACCAAAACAAUAUAAUGAUAAUAAUGAUCUUAAAAUUCGUUGUACAAUAACAAUGCCUCGAAAACUAACAAAUAGUUCUGGUGGAAUUUCAUCAUUUGAUGCAAAACAACAACUGAUUAAAGACUGGAAAAAACUUUUGUUAAAUGAAAAAUCAGCUGAUGUUACAAUUCAAGUGGGUCAAAAAUCAUUUCGUGCAAUCAAAGGAAUUCUUGCAGUACGUAGUCCAGUUUUUGCUGCAAUGUUUGAUCAUGAACAAUUCAAAGAAAAUGAAAAUAAUGACGUUGUCAUUGAAGAUAUUGAAGAAGAUGUUUUUGAAGAAUUUUUACAUUAUAUUUAUACUGGUGAAUCACUGAAAGUUGGCAAAAUGCCAAUGGAACUACUUGCUGUUGCUGAAAAAUAUCAAGUUAAUUGUCUUAAAAAUAUUUGUGAAGUUAUAAUAUGCGAAACUAUAAAUGUUGAUAAUGUUGCAAGUAUAGUUGUAUGUUCUGAUAGAUAUAAUCUCAAAAAACUGCAUGAAAAAUGUUUAGAAUUUAUGAAAAAAAAUUUACAAGCUGUUAUAUCAAACAAAACAUUUCAAGUUUACAAAAAAAAAUAUCCUGAAAUUUUUGUAGGUGUUCUUGAGCACUUGCUUAUUAUGUCAUAA